AAUGAAGAAGCAGCGGAGUGAUGUCGCGAAGUCUCAGCUGAAAGGAAAGACUCAGUGCAAUACCUUUGCAGUCGGGGACCAAGUGAAGUGUAGAGACAAAAGAUAUACAGUUGGAUGCGGGCCAGGUUCACGGAAACUCCUUCCAAAGUGGGAAGGACCGUACACAAUCACAAAAAGACGGGGUCAAGUAUAUACCAUCCGAAGAGGUGAUAAACAGAAACGAGUUAACGCCAGUCAGCUCCAAAGAUGGGUACAGUGGGACAAGCCGGUCAGUAACAAUCCUCAACUAGAGGAUGUAGCACCCAGAAGGUCGGAACGUCUGCGCACGAAGCUAUUUGACGGGGGGACGAGUGUGGUGAGAGCAGGCUGCUAGCCGAUUGGUUGACACUAAUCUACGUUAAUGUCUAGGUCACUAAUAUGGGCCGUGAGAAAAUAUGAACAAGGCUGUUUCAACAACCAAUCACAGCAAACUUAAACGUGGACAAAUAUGAUUCGCAGAUAGAUGGCUCUACUUUCCGAGAAAUAUCGAAAACAACCAAUCAUAAGACUGUGUUUGUCUGCUUAACUUCCGAGAAACAACCAAUCAGAAGACUGCCUUUUUCUGCUUGCAUAAGCCUUAUUAAUGUACAUAAAAUAUAUAUAAAUACGUGUUGAUUUUCGUAAUAAAACGAUCUGUUGCCA